AUGAAUUCCAAAAGAUCUUCAACCCUUGCUUUAGUCCUCUCUAUCAACCUUCUCUUUUGUGUCCUUGCAAGUGGCUGUUACACUUGUUCUCAGCAGCCUCAUCAGCCAAUCAGAAACCCUAGACCAAACCCAAUUCCAAGUGCUUCCCCGAAGAGCUGCCCCAGAGAUAGCCUAAAGUUGGGGGUUUGUGCCAAGUUGCUCAAUGGGGCAGUUGGGGCAGUUGUUGGGAACCCACCAGAUCACCCUUGUUGUGCUUUGCUUGAAGGUCUUGUUGACCUUGAAGUUGCUGUGUGCCUCUGCACUGCCAUUAAAGCCAACAUUCUUGGUAUCAACCUUAACAUCCCCAUUGCUUUGAGCUUGGUGAUUGAUGGUUGUGCAAAGAAUGUCCCCGAGGGCUUCAAAUGUGCAUAA